AGUCCCCUCACGUAAUUUUCAUUCAGGCAGCAUUUGAAUAAGGAAGAUGGCGGCUGCAGCAGUGGUUGAGUUUCAGAGAGCCCAGUCUCUCAUUAGCACGGACCGCAACGCCUCUAUCGACAUUCUCCACUCAAUAGUGAGGAGAGAUAUCCAGGAGAACGAUGAGGAAGCUGUCAGGGUUAAAGAGCAGAGCAUCCUGGAGCUGGGGACGCUGCUGGCCAAGACGGGACAGGCUGCCGAACUAGGUGGUCUGCUGAAAUUUGUGAGGCCUUUCCUGAUUUCCAUCAGCAAGGCGAAGGCGGCCCGGCUGGUCCGCUCUCUGCUGGAUCUCUUUCUGGACAUGGAGGCAGCGACAGGACAGGAGGUGGAGCUGUGUCUUGAGUGCAUUGAAUGGGCCAAGACAGAGAAGAGAACCUUCCUACGACAGGCUCUGGAGGCUCGACUGAUCGCACUCUAUUUUGACACCAAAAGAUACCCGGAGGCCUUGGCACUUGGCACCCAGUUGCUUCUGGAGCUGAAGAAGAUGGAUGACAAAGCUCUGCUGGUGGAGGUGCAGCUGCUGGAGAGUAAGACGUACCACGCUCUCAGUAACCUGCCCAAGGCCCGCGCUGCCCUCACCUCAGCCAGGACCACCGCCAACGGCAUCUACUGCCCCCCCAAGCUCCAGGCCGCUCUGGACAUGCAGUCAGGGAUCAUCCACGCAGCUGAGGAGAAGGACUGGAAGACGGCUUACUCCUACUUCUUUGAGGCCUUCGAGGGCUACGACUCCAUCAACAGCCCCAGAGCCGUCACAUCACUCAAAUACAUGCUUCUGUGCAAAAUUGUCCUCCAAGCCCCAGAGGAGGUUCCAGCUCUGAUCAGUGGUAAACUGGGCCUGCGAUAUACCGGCCGACAGACGGAUGCACUGAAGUGUGUGGCCCAGGCCUGCAAGAACAGAUCAUUAGCAGACUUUGAAAAGGUAAGAACUCUUGCAGUCCUACCACAUCUUGGUAAUCUUUUUUUGGUUAUGGAAAAUUAGGUAAAGGUCAUUGAGAAGUCAUGGAAAGUUCAGAUAGAACACAUAUCCGGUCUUAUCAAACUGUCUAAGGGGGAUGUUGAGAGGAAAUUAUCGCAGAUGAUUCUGGAUACAAAGUUUCACGGAAUCCUGGACCAAGGAGAAGGGGUCUUGAUCAUUUUCGACGAGCCCCCUGUGGACAAAACAUACGGAGCGGCAUUGGAAACAAUUCAGAACAUGAGCAAAGUUGUGGAUUCACUUUACAACAAAGCCAAGAAGUUGACAUAGAGCAGAUAACCACGGCAGUGCGAUGGAGGGACAGUGUGUGUUUGACCAGCGUGUGUAACAUUUUAAGAAGGGGGACAAGGGAGAGCGACAAAAGGGUCCCACAAACUGCAUCAAACAGGAUUCCCCCCAUCAAACUCACCCUUCCUCUCCCCUCAAUGGACAAUUUCAUCACUUCUCUUGUUUGUUUUCUUCCUCUUUAAUUUUGAUAUCUCUUCAGGAUUCUGUAUAACACUCAGCGGCCAAAUCAGGCCAUCAGGGAAUAUUGUACAACCACAAUAAAAAGAUAAAAAAGGUUUAAGAAUAAAUAUACGUUUAUAUCUGCUUUAAGGUCGGGCUAACUAGCCUUAAGCUGACUCCACUGCAGCCUCCAAGGUGCAUCGCUGACCUCUGCGGCUCAGACUCUGCUACCAACUGAAAACCAGUCUUUCUUCUUCUCCAUUACUUUCAGAAGCACACUGCUCAGAUUUUAAAAGGUUGGGAUACUCCUUGGAAUACUGAAUUUUGGUCGAAGAGCCCCCCCUCAUUUAUUACUUUUUCCUUUCCAUAUCAAUGCCAACAGUUAAGUCACCACUGUAUUUCAGAUAUGUAUUAAACUCACUUUAUUUGUU